AUGGAAGGGGGGUGGCCGACUUGGGGGGAAUUUCUCCUGGGUUUCACUGUCAGCUUUCUGCUUCAAGGAAAGACAAACAGUUCUACCAUCAACUGUUCAGGCUUUGAUGUGUCUGGGGUAGACCCUGCCAGCUUCCAAGUUGUCUUUAAUCGAAAAGACUUCCCUCCAGUCACCAACUUCAGCAUCCCCAUUCGUGUUAACAUCUCCUUUACCUUGUCUGCCAUCCUGGAUGUGGAUGAACAACUCCAGCAACUGACAUCAUUUCUAUGGUUAAAAAUGACCUGGAAUAACCCCUACAUCAGCUGGGACCCAGAAGAAUGUGGUGGUAUCAGUAAACUCUCUGUGACAACUGAGCAUUUGUGGCUCCCUGACAUCUUCAUUGUGGAAUCCACGGAUGUGGAUCAGACACCUGAAGGCCUUUCUGCCUAUGUAGCUCAUAACGGUCGCAUUGUGUAUCGCAAACCAGUGCGGGUGAUCAGCAUCUGUAAACUGGACAUCUUCUACUUCCCCUUUGACCAGCAGAACUGCACCCUCACCUUCAGUUCCUUCCUCUACACAGUGGAAAAUAUGUUGCUGGGCAUGGACAAGAAAGUGUGGGAGAUAGCAGACACCUCAAAGGACAUCAUCCGCACACAAGGGGAGUGGGAGCUGCUGAGCAUCAGCAAAGCCACCCCGAAGAUGUCUUUGGGAUCCAGUCUGUUUGACCAGAUCAUGUUCUAUGUGGCCAUCAGACGAAAACCUGGACUCUACAUCCUCAACCUUUUGGUGCCCAGUGGCUUUCUGGUGGCUAUCGAUGCCCUCAGCUUCUACCUGCCAGCUGAGAAUGAGAAUCGGGCACCCUUCAAGAUCACCCUUCUGUUGGGUUACAACGUCUUCCUGCUCAUGAUGAACAAAUUACUCCCUUCCAGCGGCACCCCCCUCAUCAGUGUCUACUUUACCCUGUGUCUGUCCCUGAUGGUGGUCAGUCUGCUGGAGACCAUCUUCAUCUCCUGCCUGCAUCACCUGGCCAACACCCAGCCCCCACCCAUGCCUCCAUGGCUUCUCUCUCUGCUCCUGUCCUGCACUGGCCUCAGGAAAGGCUGCCCCACUGUGCUCUGGAAGGAAAAUGUGGGCCCUGGCCUCCCCAAUACCCAGCUACCUGGCCUGAAGGAACUGGGAGAGAGAAGAGCAAACGAACUCGGACCUGGAGAGGUGGAGCUCAAUGAGAGAUCCAAGUUGACAAGUGCCCAGCUUGUGGACCUUUGGGUGUGGUUUGGCAACGUAGUGGACACUGUCCUCUUCCGCCUCUAUCUGCUCUUCUUGGCCACCUCCAUCAUCACAGUCCUUGUCCUCUGGAACACCUAG